GGGUCCUUCAGCAGACGGCGCAGAAGUCGCACAGAGACACACAGAGAGAAGCGCGCGCUGCUGUUGUUUCUGUUGAUAAACCGGUUUAAAACUCUUUAUUGGAGUGUUUUGUCGCUGUUUAUUAGUGAUUUGUGUGUUUUCUCCAGCAUGGCUCCCACUGUACAGACACAAGCGCAGCGGGAGGAUGGACACCGGAGUUCAGCUCACAGAAGCGUCCCAGAGAGGUCUGGUGUCGUGUGCAGAGUGAAGUAUGGCAACAGUCUUCCGGAUAUCCCCUUCGAUCCCAAGUUCAUCACGUAUCCAUUCGACCAGCACAGGUUUGUGCAGUAUAAAGCCACCUCACUGGAGAAACAGCACAGGCACGAGCUGCUCACCGAACCAGAUCUGGGCGUCACCAUCGACCUCAUCAACCCUGACACGUACCGCAUUGACCCCAGCAUUCUGCUGGAUUCUGCUGAUGAGAAGCUGCUGGAGGAGGAGAUUCAGGCUCCGUCGAGCUCAAAGAGGUCCCAGCAACACGCGAAGGUGGUGCCAUGGAUGAGGAAGACGGAGUACAUCUCCACCGAGUUCAACAGAUACGGCGUCUCCAACGAGAAGGUGGAAGUCAAGAUCGGUGUGUCCGUGAAGCAGCAGUUCACAGAGGAAGAGAUCUACAAAGACAGAGACAGUCAGAUCGCAGCCAUCGAGAAGACGUUUGAAGACGCGCAGAAAUCCAUUGCCCAGCAUUACAGCAAACCCAGAGUCACACCGGUGGAGGUUCUGCCCGUCUUCCCAGACUUCAAGAUGUGGAUUAAUCCGUGUGCUCAAGUCAUCUUUGACUCUGAUCCGGCUCCUAAAGAUGUUUCUGCACCAGCGGGGGUGGACAUGAUGUCACAGGCCAUGAUCAGGGGGAUGAUGGACGAGGAGGGGAAUCAGUUUGUGGCGUACUUCCUGCCUAACGAGGACACGAUGCGCAAACGCAAGAGAGACGUGGAGGAGGAUCUGGAGUACAUGCCUGAUGAACUGUAUGAUUAUAAGAUCGCUCGCGAGUACAACUGGAACGUGAAGAACAAGGCCAGUAAAGGAUACGAGGAGAACUACUUCUUCAUCUUCAGAGACGGAGACGGAGUUUAUUAUAAUGAGCUGGAGACCAGGGUGCGUCUGAGCAAGCGGCGGGCGAAGGUCGGCGCUCAGUCGUCUACGAACGCUGUGCUGGUGUGUAAACACAGAGACAUGAACGAGAAGGAGCUGGAGGCUCAGGAGGCUCGCAAGGCUCAGCUGGAGAAUCACGAGCCUGAGGAUGAAGAAGAGGAGCUGGACCUGGAGAAAGACCUGCAGGACUCCGGUGAGGAGCGUGAGAAGCCCAGCGACUCUGAGAACUCUGAGAGCGAGUCUGAGCGUGAGGAAGAGGAGCGUCCCGCUGAUGAAGACGAGGAGGAGGAGGAGGAGGAGGUCAAGCGGCGCGAGAGGAAGAGCAGCGGCAGCGAGAGCGGAGAGGACCGGCAGGCGCGGGACGAGGAGGAGAUCUUCGGCAGUGAUGAUGAUAGUGAGGAUGAGGAGGGUGAGCGAGCGAGGAGUAACAGCAGCAGUGUUCAGCACAGCGGCAGCGAGAGAGCGUCCGACUCCAGCGACGACAGCGACAGCCAAUGAGACGGCCACACCUCACGCCUGGCCCCGCCCACCAGCCGCUGCUGCACUAAUACUGUUUAACUCUGUCCCUCCCUGUUGGGUCUCUGAUAUGAAAACACAUUCUGCUUGACCUGGACAUGUGAGAUUGAUUCUUGCUGAGAGAGUGUGUGUGUGUGUGUGUGUGUGUGUGUGUGUCUGUGUGUGUGUGUGUGUGUGUGUGUGUGUCUCCUGCUGCUGUAGUUUGACUCAGUUUUCAUCUGCUGUCAGGUGUUCCUGUUUAAUUUCUCUGCUCUUUCAUCAUGGACUGAGUGAAUCUCUCAUUAGUGAGCACCUUUAUUUGCUGGUUUUUCCUCAUCACAGUGUAAACAUUGUAAAUAAACAACGAUUUUGUUAGUA